CAAAAACUUACUUUAGUUUUUAAGGAAAAAAUGGCAAAAAACCUCUUAGAUGUGGCAAGAAGUUUUAAAAAACUAUCAAUUAACACAAAAUGCCCCAACCAAAUAAGGCUCCUAACCACUACCCCAGCUUUAGGCACAAAUUUUUACAAUAAACUCCCAGCAACAGAUUUAUGGAAAGGUAUUACAUCCGUAAGUAACGCCGGUAAAAAGCGAGGCCGUGCCAAAACAGUCUCGAAAAAAAACAUCAAAGACCUCAACAGAGGUCAACUUAUAGGAGUGGGCAAAGCCAACAUUGUAUGGCCAGGCUUGUCCGCUCCUAUUAUAAGAGGCAAAGAACUAGUGGAACAAAUCCAAUUGCCUGCAAACCCGGACCGAGAACAAAAACUCAUUCAACUCCGAGACACAAUGGGGGCGCGCAAAUUUGCCAAACUCAGCCCUUUGGAACGGGGCUGGUCUGGUUCAAAAAUGCCCGGUAGAAGUUUGGGGCCUCCCGAUCCAGUGGGCGAAGAAAAAUUUGAAGGCUUUGACAGCAGAGUAUUAGAAUUAAGAACUAUUGUAAUUAUGAAGGGGAAUUUUGGUAGAAAACGAAGAAUUUCUUCGCUUGUGGUUACUGGAAAUAAAAACGGUUUAGGUGGAUUUGCAAUGGGCAAAGCCCUAGAAGCCAGAAUUGCUUUGCGAAAAGCCAAAAACCGCUCAGGGCAAAAACUAGUCAAAAUCAAACUCUUUAACAAUCAUACAGUUUGCCAUCAUUUUUUUACUCAAUUUGGUUCAACUAAGAUUUACGUUUGGCAAAAACCUGAAGGCUAUGGUUUGAGAUGUCACAGAGUAAUUAAAACAAUAUGCCAAGUGAUUGGAAUUAAGAAUUUAUACGCAAAAGUUGAAGGCUCAAUGAAUGUAAAUCACAUAAUGAAGGCCUUUUUCUUGGGCCUGGUGCGUCAAAAGUCGCCAGAAGAAAUUGCUGAAGAGAAAGGCCUUCAUUUGGUGCAAAUUUGCAAAGAAAACAAUUUUUUCCCUAAAAUUAUUGCUUCCCCAAAACAAUGCAAGACUCUAGAACAAUUACCAAAAGAUGCUAAUUUAGACUUCAAUCAAUAUUGUUUUGAUGGCAAAGUUGUGCUGCAAAAGAAAAAAAAGGAACCAUUUUAUACCAAGUUGAAGUCUUAUCAUAGUUAUUUGAUGAAAUAUGAAAAACAGAGGGACCAGCAGGAAGUUAGGUCAAGUUUAAUAGCAGAAUAUGGCGAAAUAAGGAGCUUUUUGGCAGAUCAGUAUCCUGAAUGUGGGCAGUAUAGACCACCCAAGAGGGUAGUUGAAUCUGAAGAACAAGAAGAAUCGCAAUAAUAAGACACUGUAUAAUUAAUACUUAAGUAAAAUAAAAAUAUUCUCUAAAAAUAA